AUGGGUUAUAUGGUAUUCAGCAUUAAAGUUCCGCCAGUAAAAAUCGCUGUGACGGAAAUGAUUGUAUUGAUUAUGUCAAAGGGAAUUAACGCCUGUAUAGCCCAGUAUUACUAUUUACUACGCAUGUGUAUCUGUUACGAAGCUAAUGACAGGCACAUUAGACCACAAGAAUACUUAGAAGAUAACUGUGGUGAAAGUAUUGUGAGCUAUGGCGGUCGCCUUGAAUCACAGAGAUAUGCCACUUACCGAAAUAAUUUUGCGUGUGACGUAAUUCUGGAAGCACCAAGUGUAGAACACCAACUAAUAAUCCUGUAUGACUACAUAGAUUUGGAAUACUUUGAUGAUACAACUUGUGUUGACUAUAUUGAAAUUCGUGAUGGUGACAGUGAUUUAUCAAACUUGUUAUUGAGGGCUUGUACAACAGAUAUAAUUGAAGGGUACUAUCACGAGUCAACAUCGGACAAAGUAAUGGUACGAAUAGUUACUGAUGAAACCACCACUUCAAAGGGAUUUUCGUUAACCUUUACUGCAGUUAAAUUUAAUAAUUCAGAAUGCACCAACGAGGGAAUGUUUGAAUGUGGUAAUGACUAUUGUAUCAGCAAUGAUCUUACUUGUGAUGGUAUCGACAACUGUGCGAACAACCAGGACGAAAUAGUUAACAAUCAACCCUGUCCAGUCGUUGGUCCUAAUACAAAUAAGCCUGAUCGUCACAAGGACAAUACCAAAGUAUACUUAGAAGAUAACUGUGGUGAAACUAUUGUGGGCUAUGGCGGUCGCCUUGAAUCACAGAAAUAUGCUACUUACCGAAAUGAUUUCCAGUGUGACGUAAUUCUGGAAGCACCAAGUAUAGAACACCAAAUAAUAAUCCUGUAUGACUACAUAGAUUUGGAAUACUUUGAUGAUACAAGCUGUGUUGACUAUAUUGAGAUUUAUGAUGGUGACAGUUAUUAUUCAAACUUGUUAUUGAGGGCUUGCUCAAACGAUAUAAUUGAAGGACACUACCACGAAUCUACAUCGGACAAAGUAAUGGUACGAAUGGUUACUGAUGAAGCCGUCACUUCAAAGGGAUUUUCGUUAACCUACACUGCAGUUAUAUUUAAUAGUUCAGAAUGCACCAACCAGGGAAUGUUUGAUUGUGGUAAUAACUAUUGUAUCAGCAAUGAUCUCACUUGUGAUGGUAUCAAUAACUGUGCGAACAACCAGGACGAAAUAGUUUACAAUGAAUACUGUCCAGUCGUUGGUCCUGAUACUGAUAAGCCUGACCGUGACAGUGACGAUGACUACGACAAUGCGGUAAUCAUAGCAACCGAUGCAGCGACCACCGUGCUGAUCAGCUUGAUGGCAACUGCGUUGUUACCAAACAAACGGGAAGCCACGUAUACAACACUUUUUCGCCAGAUUUUCGAAAGACAGCAACUGAAUCCCACGUCCAUCAUGAGUGACUUUGAAUCAGCAGCAAUUAAUGCUGCCGGCACUGUAUUCCCUAAUGCAACAAGGAAGGAGUGCUUUUACAAUCUGUCACAGUGCGUUUACAGAAGAGUACAGGUUGAAGGACUACAGCAACGAUACCAAGAAGACAAUGACUUUGGAUAA